UGUGAGAGAUUGUGGUGUAGCUGAAAAUAAAACUUCCUGUUAAGAUGCCCUUAAAUGCAUUGCUCUGUCUGUCACGCCUAGCACAAGCUUGAAACACACAGAAAACUGUGACGACUGAAUAGAUAAAACAAAAGAAAGAAAGAGGCCUUUUACACUCCGUUAUGGCAAACCUCCCUGGACCAAGGUUUUUACUUCUGGUCCUCUCAGGAUUAGCGUUAUGUCAGGAGGACUAUACCACGCAAACCUCAGACCAGUCUUCAGCAUCCAUCACAAUGUCCAGUCACGAAACAGACAAUACCACGUCUGGCUUACCCACAAGCACCUCCAUGCUUCAACAAAAAACAGACACAAGUUGGAAUGAGCCAGAAAUAAGCAAUACCACAUCUGGCUUACCCACAAUCACCUCCUGGUCUCAACAAAAAACAGACACAAGUUUGAAUGAGCCAGAUGAUCCCACCAUCAGUUCCGUCUCACACACCACACACUUCACUCCAACCCAUGAAGACACGACACAUUCAGUAACAGAUAAGCCGCUAAAUUUUACUUUCCACAAAACGCUCAUUACUCCCGCAUCUCAGGCAUUCCAAACUACUCCUGUCAUCACUGUUGUGUCUGUGGUUCUAGUGCUGCAUAUUGUUGCCUUUAUUUUUAUGAAAAAGAAGAACCAAGGCUCUGAAACUCUGAGACAAUCAUCCAGAGAGACAAAUGAAGAUUAUGAAAAUGCCCGAAAUUUACUUCUGGUCCAAGCGAGAAAAAAUUCCAGUUUACCUGAAACUGUCUGCAUGAGUCUAGACCCAACCCCCAGCCAACCAGACUCAGUCUACCAGAGUCUGUCAAUUACUAAUAACCAAUCAGACUCAGUCUACCAGAGCCUGCCAAUUACUAAUAACCAAUCAGACUCAGUCUACCAGAGUCUGUCAAUUACUAAUAACCAAUCAGACUCAGUCUACCAGAGUCUGUCAAUUACUAAUAACCAAUCAGACUCAGUCUACCAGAGUCUGUCAAUUACUAAUAACCAAUCAGACUCAGUCUACCAGAGUCUGUCAAUUACUAAUAACCAAUCAGACUCAGUCUACCAGAGUCUGUCAAUUACUAAUGACCAAUCAGACUCAGUCUACCAGAGUCUGUCAAUUACUAAUAACCAAUCAGACUCAGUCUACCAGAGUCUGUCAAUUACUAAUGACCAAUCAGACUCAGUCUACCAGAGUCUGUCCAAUACUAAUAACCAAUAGAAAUAUCACUAUCCAGGUGGAUUAAAUUUAAAUGUCAAACUGAUUAAUGAAACCCCAUAGUUUGUUUCUUUCUAAAAAAUUUUUUUUGCCUUUUUAUCUUUCAGUUACUCUUUAUAAUUGGGCUUUUGAUAAUUUCAGAUGUUUUUUUUUACUGUGGACAAAUUUCACAGUCUUUGCAUUGUAUCUUUGGUAGUUUAGCAGACAUUAUCAGCUCUCAAGUAAGCUGGCUGAGUGAAUUUCGAGAGUUUUUCUCCGAAGAAACUCUGCUCAGGCCAGGCACUUGCUUCCCACGGCUUGGGCCCUGAGUCUGUCAAGGCAGCACAUUGGCUUUGAUCACUGGGCUCGUACUUAGAGUUGGUGGAAGCGGAGCAUGAGACAGGGAAUCCCCUUUCUCUCGCCCUCACCUGCAACACCAAAGGCUGUGCUUUGGACUUGGAAUCUUGCACCAUGAUCUCUUCUGAGGAGAACAAUGACCUAAUGUCGUCUGCAUCAGGAUCUGUGUAGCUCGAUGUCAGCAACAAACUGUGGGUUUCUGUUUGUCAGUCAACCCACAAUUGCCUUCAGAGCCGUGUAGGACCACCUCUGCCCUCAUAGGCAAAGCCUACGUAGUGGCAGGCCAGGCUGGAGCAUUCCUGCACACCAUGGGUUCUUGCAGUCCUAUCAAGCUGACCUGCUGAUGGAGUGGGAUAGCGGUGAGGGAUUAAACCCUGAGGUGGUUGCUGAGCUCCACUGGUUCACAGACUUUGUUCUCCGUGCCACCAAGUUAACAGCCCAUGACAUCAGCCAUUCCAUGGCUGCUAUGGUUAUGGAGUGCACCUGUGGCUCAACUUCAAUCUAAUUCAAUUCAAAAUUACUUGUAUAUCACUCUUAACAAUGGACAUUGUCUCAAAGCAGCUUUAGAGAAAUAUAAAAAGUAUAGAAUAAAUAUGAAGAAGAAACCCUUAGAGGAACCAGACUGGGAACCCACCCUCAUUUGGGUGACACUGGAGAUUGUGAUUGUAAAUAAUGUCCUUUCUACAGCUGUAUAAGGUCAAGUGGAUUUGUGGAACCAAAAGCUCUUGAGCAAUUUAUAGGUCAGUGUAUUUUCUGAUAUGGCAGUGCCAAGUUAGAUAAUCCCUUCCUGUAUGCAAGAACCAGGGCCUUCUACCAGUCGUCCCUGAUUCCUUUUUAGCCAAUAGUAUUGCAGUGUUCACACAUGCAGAAACGUCCACAAUAUGUUUCUAUAGAAUCAUGCAUGACAGAACAUCAGGGUUACAUACUUAACCUGUGAUGUUUUUGUUGCCUUUUUGCCCUGUGUUCCUGAUUUUGACUAGUCCUUGUAAUCUGUUUUUUUUUUUUUGCCACAUUUACCCUAUUCUGCUUCCAACCUGUUCUCUGCCUGCCUUUUUUGGACUUGUUUGUUUUUUGAAGCUCUGUUGUAAAAUGCUGUAUAUAAAAUCAUUUUUUACUGAGCUUUAAACUUGUCAUUUGUGAUUUGUAUUUUUCAUUUACCGUUAUAUUUAUACCGUUAUAUUA